AUGACAAUCAAAUGUUUAAAUCAUCAAAGAUCACACAAAUUCAUUUGUUAUCAAUGUAAUUGUUUGAUGUGUUCAAAAUGUGUAACCAGUCAUUACAAAGAUCAUCCUGAUAAUUCAGAAUGGGAACAUAUUGACGACAUCAAACAUUCAUUGAGUACUUUAAAAUUAGAUGAUAUUAUUGACACUGAAAAAACAACCAAUAAUCAUAUUAAUAAUGAUAGUACUAAUAAUAAUAAUAAUAAUAGUAAUAAUUUCAAAUCACAAAUCAACAAUAAACUUAAAUCUCUUUGGGAAUCAUUAAGAUCAUCGACAUCCAGAUAUCAAUCAUUAUCAAAAACAGAGAAUGAUAUCAAACAACACUUUGAACAAUUACAUCAAUAUCUGAUCAUUGAAGAACAUAAACUACAAAGAGAUAUUAUCAAUGAUAAACAUACAAUCACAAAUCAAAUCGAUAAUAAUAUUAUGAAUUUGAAAUAUUUAAUAAAUAUUAUCAAUAUAUUUAAUAAGUUAAAUAAUGAUAGUACCAGUGGUAAUAAUAAUAGUAAUAACGAAGAUACAUCAAUUAUACCAGAUACAACAACAUUAUAUUCAACAACAACAAUAAUGGAAUCAAUAACAACAAGUUCAUCAUUACAAUCAUUCAUCAAUCAUAAUAAUCAAACAUUAUUCAAUGAACAUCUUGAUUUAUUUAAUAUUGAUGAACUUCUCCAACAAGAUUCCUCAGAUUCAUCAUCAUUAUUAUUAGAUAUCAUUCAUAAAUACAACAAUCAAUUCAAUGAAUCAACAACAAACACAGACAAUAAUAACUUAAGAUUAUCAUCAUAUAAAUUAUCAAUCAAACAACCUGAUUUCAAUCAAUUGAAUUCAAUCAUUGAACAAUCAAUCAAACUUGAUAACAUUCAAUCAACUGAAUCACCAAUAAAUACAACAACAAACAACAAUGAUAAUAAACAAUCUUAUAUUUUCAUAACACACACAUCAAAAGGAGCAACACUGAUCAACACAUCAAACAACAAUUCAAUUGAAGAAUUAAAGUUUGAUUAUCAAUUUAUAAAUACAUACAACUCGAUUGUUUCAAUUGGUGAAUAUAUCUAUAUAUUCGGUGGAUUUUUCAAUGAAAACAAAUGGAUUAAAAUAUCAAUGAAAUCGAAAUCAAUUGAACAUAUUGGUUAUAUCCAAGGAAUAGAAGGUGAUUGUUUAAUAUCAGUUUGUUAUGAUGGUCAAGAUCAUAUCUAUUUAGUGAAUGGUCACAAUAUAAAGAAUAGAAUUGAUCGAUUCAACAUCAAGACAAUGAAAUUUGAAUCAUAUCAUCAAUUACCUGUUAGAUAUGGUGUGCAAAUAUCAUCAAUGAUCUUCAAAGGUUCAUUAUAUUCAGUAUCGUUCGAUCAAAAUUUGAUGUUUCAAUUCGAUUUAACAAAUAGAACGAUAACAGGUCAUCGAAUUGAUAUUACACCAUACUCAGGAUGUCAUGAUAACAAUGGAAAUUUCUUCAUAUUGGAUAGAAAAAACCAUAGAUUCAUCAAAUACAAUGUUGAAACCAAACAAACAAUCAAUCUCAAUGAUGUUCCUUUCGCAAAUGGAAAGUAUAUACAUGUGAAGUAUCAUCGAGAAUCACCAACAUCAAGUUAUAUCUAUUCAUUUGGUAUAAAUAAUGACCAUAAUUUCAAAUAUACAAUUGAAACCAAUCAAUGUGAACCAUCCUUUAGAGAUAUUAUUAAUCACAAUAGAGAUUGGUGUGCAUCUACUUCAAUUACAUUAUAA